AUGUUUAAGCUUGUAUCUAUGCCUUACAGAAAACCGAAACGUGGUGGUGGCCAUGCAUUUACGGACCCAGAGGAACUUAUGCUGCAGGAUGCCGUAAUCGACUCGGUCGCUCCUCCCAAUUCCUCAGGCGAUGAUGAUUAUGAUGAUGGGGAGGAGGAGGAGCCUGAAGUUCCUAGACACAAUGGUGUCUCUCACCUAAUCACGACACAUAACCCCAACCGAACUGGUAAACCCGCCAAUCGCGACGAUGCUCCGAUGUCUCGGAAGGAGCGCGAUUCCGCCAUGGAUCCGCUGUCGUUGAAACCGAAAAUGGAAUUGGAGCGCGAUUUAGCCCGCCUUAAACUUGUACGCAGGCGGCGGGAACCGAGAGAGAGGAAGUGGGAGGAGGAGAAGAAGGCUCGAGAAGCGGCGCACGCAGCAGCUCAAGCUAGAGCUCAGGAGCGGUUGGAGGCGUUGAAGAAUAAGGGGAAGGGCGGUCGCAAGCCCGGUGCAAAGGUGGGAAAACCGCGUCCUCCUCCUAAAUCUUCCUCCGCUUCAGUUACUGGUGCGUCUGAAGUGCCUCCGCCACCACCCUCCCCCGAUGCCGCCCCAGACUCCUAA